CUUACUUCCUGUACAGCUGCAGCUGGACACAGCCAGAGCACUGAGAGAUAUCAGGUAUUGAUGUAACUGGAGUGAAUAAGGGAACCUUCUUCCUGAGCACAGACAUUGGAGCCUGUUAUCAGCAUGAACUCAUAUGUGUUAGACAAUCACUUGAAUAGUUCAUACCCAUCCUUCACUACAGAAAGCAUCAGAAUGAUACCACAGACUCCAAAAGUCUUAGACACCAAUGACUAUUCACAAACAUUGGGGAUAUCAAAACAGAUAUUUAAAGGAGAUGGAAAAUUGGCAGGAACCGGGCAGCAAUCAUUAUGUACAGAGAGUAAUUUAGUCAUCAAACAAGAGGACAACAUUUAUGACUUAUCUAGUGAAAUGAUUAUCCCAGAGUAUAAACCACACAAAUUUACUGAGUUUUCAAAACAUUUAAAAGAAGGGGAAAGUCUUAAGUCUAGCCAAAUGAUUCAUAGAAAUAAGAAACCUUUCAAAUGUACAGAAUGUGAGAAAAGAUUCACAUGCAAUUUGCAUCUCCUUGAACACCACACAGUUCACACAGUUGUGAAACCUCACAUGUGUACAGAAUGUGGGAGAUGUUUCACAUCUAAAGGAAGCCUUAAGUGUCACAAAAAGACCCACACAGGGGAGAAACCUUUCACAUGUAAUGAGUGUGGGAGAUGUUUUACAUCCAAGGGAAGUCUCAUAUCUCAUGAAAAAACCCACACAGGGGAGAAACCUUUCACGUGUACAGAGUGUGGAAGAGGAUUUGCACAACUAAAUAGUCUGAAAACUCAUGAAAGGAUUCAUACAGGAAAAAAGCCUUUCACAUGUACAGAGUGUGGAAAAUGUUUUACACAAAUGAGUAAUCUGAAAAGUCAUGAAAGGAUUCACACAGGAGAAAAACCUUUUACAUGUACAGAGUGUGGAAAAAGUUUUACACUUAAGAGUAAUCUGAAAACUCAUGAAAUGAUUCAUACAGGAGAAAAGCCUUUCACGUGUACAGAGUGUGGAAAAGGUUUUACACAAAUACAUUAUCUAAAAACUCAUGAAAGGAUUCACACAGGAGAAAAGCCUUUUACAUGUACAAAGUGUGGAAAAAGUUUUACACAUAAGAGUUAUCUGAAAACUCAUGUAAGAUUUCACACAGGGGAAAAGCCUUUCACAUGUACAGAGUGUGGACAAGGUUUUACACAAAUAAAUGAUCUAAAAACUCAUGAAAGGAUUCACACAGGAGAAAAGCCUUUCACAUGUACAGAGUGUGGGAAAUGUUUUACACAAAUAAAUAGUCUGAAAACUCAUGAAAGGAGUCACACAGGAGAAAAGCCUUUCACAUGUACAGAGUGUGGAAAAGGUUUUAAACAAAUACAUUAUCUAAAAACUCAUGAAAGGAUUCACACAGAGGAAAAACCUUUCACAUGCACAGAGUGUGGAAAAUGUUUUACACAAAAGAGUAAUCUGAGAGAUCAUGAAAGGAGUCACACAGGGGAAAAGCCUUUCACAUGUACAGAGUGUGGGAAAUGUUUUACACAAAAGCGUAAUCUGAGAGAACAUGAAAGGAGUCACAAGGGAAGAAACCUUUCACAUGUUUAGAAAGUGGAAAAUAAGGUUUUUAUAUACACAGUGUACAAACCUUUUUACAAUUAUCUUAAAGAGGACAAACUCUCUAAAUAGAAGCAUCAAAAAGGAUCCUAUUGUAAAUAAUACUUCUAAAUCCCAGUUAUAAAAGCCCCAGAUUGGAAGUGCUCUCCUGCUGUCCUUUGUUCCUCUAUAUAUGUGCACCUCAGUUUCUCUCAUAUCAAUGGGAUAGAAUCCAAACACCACACAGGAAUAUACAGAUCUGUCCUCAUUUUGACCAGUUUACACAACCAUUCACCACCAAAGCACCCCCAGUGUUGUUUAUUAAUAUGCCAGUGUUAGGAGUUGUACGUUUGAUUUACAUAGGGGAGGAAAUAAUUACAUUUACAGAAUAAAAGAGUCUUUAUAUGAAUAGAGUGUUAGAGAAUUCUAUAAACAAGAACAUCAGUCUCAAAUGAUUGACAUCUGGGAGAUAUAUUUAAUGUGCACAUAAUGUGGAUAAACCUUUUCUUAUAGCAAUAGAUGCUUAGCAUUGUACAUGUUAUAUACCAGAGGAAUUACUGAGGGGGAACUGAUUUUAUUUCAUGAGACACAAUAUUAGUAACCGGUACAUACGUGAUCAUAAUCAGUUUAAUUUAAAUGGCUACUAUAACCUACAUGUAUACUGGGUAUGUAAUAUGUGUGUCAUGUGAUCAUAAUCAGUUUAAUUUAAAUGGCUACUAUAACCUACAUGUAUACUGGGUAUGUAAUAUGUGUGUCAUGUUAUCAUAAUCAGUUUAAUUUAAAUGGCUACUAUAACCUACAUGUAUACUGGGUAUGUAAUAUGUGUGUCAUGUUCUGUAACUUGAUAUUAUGUCUGUUAGAUGUUUUCAUGUUAGUUAGAAGCCACAAGAACUGAUAAUAGCACAUACUGUAUAUAUAAAGGGAACAUUAUAUGUCUGAUAAAUCCCUUUGUAUCAAGAGCACAAGUGUUAGGUAUAUUUAUACCAUUGUGUGCAUAUAUCAUGUAAUGUUGCUUUUUACUAUAUAAUGAUAUACAAUGUUUUUUCAUGCAAAUAAAAAGUGAUUGUAAUCCA